AUGAGUGUGGAUUCUGAAAACAAAGCAUAUGCCACAGAGGUUGGCGCACCAAAUUUGCUUCCUUGUGACACCUGUGGAAGGCAUUUUGCACCGGAAGCACUGGCAAGGCACAAUCUGAUAUGCAAAAAAAUUUUCAACAAGAAGCGCAAGCCAUUCAAUUCCUUGAAACAACGACUACAGGGAACUGACAUCCCAACAGUGAAAAAGCAGCCACCCACAAAGAAUGGACGGGAGAAAAAAUCAAAUUGGAGGCAGCAGCAUGAAGAUUUUAUUUCGGCCAUCAGAGCAGCUAAACUUGCAACUCAAGCCAUGAAAGAAGGCCGUCCUCUUCCACCACCACCACCUCCAUCCAUUAACCCAGAUUAUAUUCAAUGUCCUUACUGUAUGAGACGGUUUAAUGAGACUGCUGCAGAAAGGCACAUCAAUUUUUGCAAAGAACAAGCAGCCAGAAGAUCCUUUGCUCCAGGCCAGAAGGGAGGCAAACCAGCUUCAGGAAAACAAGGAGUUUCCAAAAAAGAACCAACUUUAACAAAUGCUGUGGGGACACUACUUCAAAACAGAUUGCAAGGGACAAAUACUGGCCAAUCUGUAACAGAUACUGUAUAA